AUGCGCCGGCGUUUUCUGCAAGUGAAGAAGGAAAAAGCGGAGAGGUUGAAGAAGAAGCACGAGGAUGCGCUGAAGGCACAGAAGGAGGCGGAGGAGCGGGAAAGGCUGAAGGCAGAGUUGGAGGCGGCGGUGAAGGCAGACGAGGCCAAGAAGAAAGCCCGCCAGAAGGCCAAGGCUUCCAAAGAGGCAUGGCAGGCUCCCGCCCCACCGGUGGAGGCAUCGCCUGCCCCUCCACCGCCGGCAGAGCCGCCGACGGAGCCUGGAGAUGCGCAGCCGGCACAGGAGGAGCCGCCUCCUGCAGCGAAGGCGCCGAUGCCAUUGGACAUCGAUGCCAUCCAGGAGACCCACGUGGAGGAGGAAGAGGAAGCCGAGGGUGAGGAGGCUCUAGAGGAGAGUGAGGAGCGGGUCGAGACCGAGGCCGAGAUUCUAUCCGACGCAGCUGGCGGACACGGGCAGUUCAGCACAGCAGACGUCAAGGGCCGGUUGCCGGUGCACGCCGGGGCGGUGUCCAAGCGCCUGGACACCAUGACGUUGCUCUUGGAGCUCCGGGCCAGCGUAAACGCCGUGGACAAGGAGGGCAACACACCCCUGAUCCUCGCAGCCCGCCUGGACGACCGUUGGAUGGUCGAGGUCGUGUUGAAGUUCGGUGCAGAUCCCAGCAUCAGGAAUGCAGACAACGAGACCUGCUUUUCGUACUCCACGCCGCACAUGAAGGAGAUGAUCCACCACUGGGUCCAAACGCAGAAGUACACUCCCGACAUCGUCUUCCCGUUGCCGCCGAGUCCGCUGCAGCAGCUGUACCGGGUGCGCGUGGAGAGCAUCCCAAUGUUAAUGCACCUGCCGGAACUUGAAGAACAGGUUCUGCAAUUCUUCGCGAAACUGCCCUACGACAAACCAAUGCGGAUCAUUGUCCCUUCGGAGCCUAUCCAUGGGUGGCCUAAGGGAUUCUGCUAUGCGGACUUCUCGGAGAGGCAGCAUGCCUAUGAGAUCUGCAAGGCCUCCAAGGUGGACGGUAUCUUCAUGAUGCGCCGACGGCUGAACUUCAUCAACCAGGGUGUGCACUACCAGUACAAGGACCCUGCUGCCGAAGAGGCGGCCAAAGACGAGCAAAACGAUCCCUGA